UUACGAUACUGUUGUCUGCGAGUGAGUGUAUAGUGGUUGCAUAAAUAUGCGACUUGAUAAAUUCAAUACAAACUGCAUAUAUACAAAAAAUUAAUAAUCGAGUAAUUUAGUUCACAUGUAAUAAUUAAAUAGAAAUUAUAUGGUUAUGAGAUUAAUUACUGCUAUCAAACACCUUAAUUAUAGUUAUAAUCGAAAAGCCUACUCAUCGAACAUUUUUAUGCUUAUAAGAAAAAUGGCGUCCGAGGUGGAAAAAGCACAAUCUGCAGUUCCUAGUGAGGAUACAAUUUUUGGAAAAAUUCUUCGAAAAGAAAUCCCCUGUAAAUUUAUUUACGAAGAUGAUAAGUGUGUUGCUUUUCAUGACAUCAACGCUCAAGCACCAACUCAUUUUCUUGUCAUUCCUCGCAAACCGAUACCUCAACUGUCAAAAGCUGCUGACGAGGAUGAACUUUUACUAGGACAUCUUAUGAAUGUUGCUCGAAAAGUUGCUAAACAAGAAGGGCUUGAUCAAGGAUUUCGACUAGUUGUCAAUGAUGGUCAAAAUGGAGCUCAGUCAGUUUAUCAUUUACAUUUACAUGUUCUUGGAGGAAGGCAAAUGCAAUGGCCCCCUGGUUAAAUAUAUAUGUAUACAUAUAUACAUAUACAUGUAUACAUUAACAAAAAACACCAAAAAGAUUUUUUUUAAUACAAGAAUAUAAUUAAAAUAAAAAACAUCUUCUUUACAUAAUUGA